AGGUUAAAUAUGAAAAAUGUCAAAAAUUUUAGUGAAAGUAGAAAUUAUAUUUUAUAUGUUAAGCAUUCUAGAAUUACAAUGUCUAUAGUGAGAAUACAUUGACUAAUCGAAUAACAUCUAUCUAUGGUCUAGGUAAAAAUGACAUUAUAUAUAAAAAAGAAGUUUUAAAAGAAAAAAAUACCAUAACCUUUAAUAUAUUUUUUAUACAAACAGUUGUGAUAAAAUAUUUAAAAGUUUAUAUAAUAAAACUGAAUAAAUUGGUGCAAUGGAUAGAAAUAGAACCGUAUCUGUUGAUGAAUUUCCAACAAUAUGUAGAAUAUGUCUAUCAACCAGUGAUUUGUUACCGUUUAUUUCUAUCGAUAUCCGCAAAGUUUUUAACAAUAUUACGAAUAUAAAGGUUGUAGAAAACGAUCUAUUGCCAAAAAAUAUUUGCAAAAACUGUUUGAACCAAUUAGAAAAUAUAUCGCAAUUCAUAAAGCAGUCUGUAGUCAAUCAUUCCCUCUUAAUUGAGGCAUUAGAUCAAGGUAAUGUUAAAUUAUCUGAAGAUUGUGCUAAAAUCGACUAUCACGUAAAAGAAGACGAAGAUCAAAAACCACUUACAGUAUUCGAAUGUGAUAUUUGUAAAGUGACAUUUACCAAUAAAAAAUUACUGAUCCAUCAUGUGAAACAGCACUUGAACCAGAAAGUUUCAGUAAACAUCAUUUCCAACAAGAAUUCGUGUGAUUUAAAAUGUGAAAUUUGUGGAAAAUUAUUUAGUACAAACAUUGCUUUACUCAAACACAACAAAAUGCAUAAAAGAAAAAAAGAAUCUCAAGUUAAAAGUGUUAAAUAUAAAUGUGAAGAAUGUGAUCGAGUUUUAAGUUCAAUAUAUGCUUUAGAAAGCCAUAAAAAAACACAUACUGGUGAAAGACCAUUUAAAUGUGAACACUGCGAAAAAGAUUUUCCUUACCUCGGAAGUCUCAUUAUCCACACAAGACUCCACACAGGAGAAACCCCAUAUAUUUGCUCGGUUUGUAAUAAAGGUUAUCGAAGUUCUACUAGUCUUAAAAAACAUAAAGAAAAACACGUCACAGAAGAGGAUAUCAUUAAUAAUGAUGAAAAAAACUUGUCUGAUCGUUUGCAAAAGAUAAAAUGUUCAUUUUGUGAUAAAAUACUCAGUAAACAUGGUUAUGGAACUCAUUUGAAAACGCAUACAAAUAGUAAAAAAAUCUUUUGCUGCACUAUUUGCAACAAGAUGUUUCAAAAACAUUCUCAUUUACAGAGACACGUUAGAAUCCACACAGGUGAACGACCAUUUGUUUGUAAAAUUUGCAACAAAGCUUUUGUUCAAAAUGGCGAUUUGAAACGACAUACGACAAUCCAUUGUGACCAAAGGGAAUUCCAAUGUCAAUAUUGUGGGAAACAAUUUUUCACGAAAUGUUCCCUUAGCACACACAUUUUACACCAUUGCAAAAUUUCCAAAAAAAAAUCUCAAGGAGAUGAGAUGAAAAUCGAAAUUAAAUCUAAAGUAAAUGAGAGACCUUUCUUAUGCACUAUAUGUGGGAAAUCGUUUACUGCGAAUAGCAGCUUGAAGGUCCACAAUAGAUUACAUACAGGGGAAAAUCCAUUUGUUUGUAAUAUUUGUAACAAGGCCUACAACAAUUCUAGUGCUUUGAAAAAACAUAUAAUGAGAUAUCAUACCCAAGAAAAACCCCACGUUUGUAUGGUUUGUCAAAAAGGUUUUCACGAUUCGACAAGUUUGAAAAGGCACGUCAAAUUAGUACAUUCAGUAUUAGAUAAUAUUAAAAAUAAUUUUGAAACUACACUUCUAAAUGACGAUAUUUAUAAAUAAAUAACAAUUUUUUGUGUAUUUUUUUUAUAUAUCUGUUAAUAAAAAUGGAUAAAACUCGUUAUAA